CCGGUCGUCGCGGCCGAAGAUCCCAGUGCCCGGCCCGGCGCUGCGCCACGGGCCGAGCGGCAGCGCACCCCGCGAGCCCCGCCCCGCGGCCCGGCGGCGGCGGAGGGGGCGGGCACGGUGCGGCCGAGGGACGCGGCCCCCUCCCCAGCACCGCCCCGCCUUUGCGAUAUCGCCGUAAAGCGCCAGGCGCCGGCAGGAGCCGGGCGAUGGCGGCGGCGCGGGUGCUGCGGGGUGGGCGCUGUUGCCGCCGCCGCCGCCUCCUCUCCUCGUCGGCCGGCGGCCGCCCCACGGUUGAGCGCGGGGAGCGGCAGGAGAGCGCGGGCUUGGGUUUCAGCCCCCCCGCGCACUCCCGUAAUGACUGGAUCGGCCCCCCCGACAAGCACUCCAACCUGCGUCCGGUCAUCUUCUACGUGCCCCCCGAAGAGUCCCCCCUGGAGCGGCGGCUGCGGGAGGCGCGGCAGGAGGCCCAGGCCUGCGACCAGCGCUUCUGGGCCCGGCACAACCGCGCCUUCUGCCAGGAAAAAGAAGAAUUUAUUUAUUCACGACUGAAAGCCAAGGGUCUGGAAAUGAGAGAUGAAACAGGUAAAAAAGCAACACUGAAUGCAGAAGAAAUGGCUGACUUUUACAAGGACUUUCUAAGUAAAAAUUUUAGAAAGCAUAUGCAGUAUAACAGAGAUUGGUAUAAACGUAACUUUACUAUCACAUUCCUCAUGGCACAAGUAGCACUGGCAAGAGCUCUGAGGUGGCUUCGUUGGAAAAAGAAAAAUGUUGGAAAUUAAUCAUAGCUCCAUGAAGAAUGCAGCACUAGCUAGGCCUGCUAUAAACUUGUUGUUUAUAGUCAUGUUCAGAAUCUGAAUGACUCAUGUAAUAAUUGCUUGAAUCUGUUAAAUUAUGUAAAUAAAAGUUGCUAUUGGUCUUAAUUUAUAAUCAGUAUGUUGAUUUCCUUUAUCUUUUAUUCCAAGAAUAUCUAUAAUAUUUCCCAACCAAAAUACAACUAUUAAAGUUGUAUUAUUAAAACUAUUAAAAGCUGUUCCUUGUUUACAUUAAAUGGAAUGGAUCACAACUGUCACAUUUUUACCACAGUCGUAACUCUGAAAUAACGUGUGAUUCGGUAUGCUGGAUCUGCACUCGGGUCAGAGAGUGACAUCUCCACCUACCUCAUUAGUAUAUAAAGACAGAAAUGCCUCAUUUGCAGCAGUUGUCUGUGUGGGGCAGUAGCUUUCUGUAAGUAAUACAACAUGGCUGAAGUGGCAAGUACGAUUUGUGAGUAUACAUACAAUCAAUCUAGGAUAAUCCUCUUUUCAGUGUGAUUAUUGUCUAGUUUUAAUAAAGAUUUAAGAUAUGUUUUCAUAUAAAUUACUAAUGCAAUAGGGUCUUCGUAGAUCAUUUCGUUUUAAUUAAAAGCAAUGUGCCUCCCUUGAACAAGAGUUCCUCUAACCUGUGAUUGGUAAAAAUUUUAGUUACUAAGCAGUGGAACAGAUGCAUUGUCAGUCACUAAAUCCUGGUAGGAAAGGAAACUGAUAGUUGGCUGUAUGGAGAAGAACAACA